CGUCUCCGUGAAGGGUUCCCACGCUGCAGCUUCACCACCCGACGCCGCCCCGCCGCGUGCUCGGAAGUUACAGGAUACUUUAAAAACAAAACCCGGACAACAGAGAACACAGUCGGCGGUCGCGUGGCUCUGACCUGAGAGGUGACAUCGGACAUGUCGGGACACCGGGUGCAGUUCGCAGACCUUCCUCCGAGUGAUCACAAAGGAAGUCCCAAAUUUCAAAAACAAACCAAAAGCAACCUGAAGGUAACCUCCCCAGAGGACAUCGAGCAUGUAAGCCGCAGACAGGCCUCUCCAAAUGGGACUUCAAGAGGGGACGCCAAAGGCAGCCGCACUGUCCCUCGAAGACACACGUUAGGGGGAGCUCGCGGCUCCCGAGAAAUUCUGGCCAUGCAGCCGCCAGACAUGGACAAGAAGAGGGAGGCCUUCCUGGAGCAUCUGAAGCAGAAAUACCCCCAUCAUGCCUCAGCGAUCAUGGGCCACCAGGAAAGGCUGCGAGAGCAGUCUUUACAGGGCAUGCUCUCCUCCCUUCACUCUGAGCUUGACAUUCAGGGGUACUUGAUGAAAAUCCAAUUGCCCCACAGAAGCAGAAGCCCAAAGCACGGCCCCAGUCCACAGCCUGGCGACCAGGUUGAUCACCUAUCCCUGGCCUCCCUGGAGUCACUGGACACCAUGUCUGAGGCCGACUCACCCACAGCAUUCACCCGUGGUAGUCGGGUUCGUGCUAGCCUGCCCGUGGUGCGGUCCACCAACCAGACAAAGGACCGCUCGCUAGGUGCACUGUACCUACAGUACGGGGAUGAGACCAAACAGAUUCGCAUGCCUAAUGAGAUCACCAGCAUCGACACCAUCAGAGCUCUGUUUGUUAGUGCCUUCCCGCAGCAGCUCACCAUGAAGAUGCUGGAGUCGCCCAGCGUCGCCGUCUACGUCAAAGACGACAUGAGGAAUAUGUACUACGAGCUUACUGAUGUCAGGAAUAUCACAGAUCACUCCUGCCUGAAGGUGUACCACAAAGACCCAGCACAGGCGUUCAGCCAUGGGCCAAGACCUGCCAAUGGCGAUGCCAGGAUGCACAGCGAGAUGGUUCAUGCCAGUCGUGAUGGCCAGCACCCUCUGAGGCAGCCCCCCAUGGGUCCCGCACCACUCCACCCCAUGCAGGGAGCACUACCACCAUCUCCCCACUCAAUGCCCCCAUCCCCCUCCAGGAUCCCAUUCAGCCCACGGCAAGGCUCCAUACCUGGCAGUGCUACUAUCCCAAGGGACCGACUGUCUAACGCCAACCCUCCGGCCCGCUCCAUCUCACCCUGUCCCAGCGCCAUCCUGGAGAGGCGGGAUGUCAAGCCAGAUGAGGACAUGAGUGGUAAAAGCCACAGUCUAGCCAGGGGAAAUGACGGGGUCUAUGCAGACCCAUACCUGCUUCAAGAGGGAAGAAUGAGCAUCACGUCUUCCCAUGGACCACACCCCAACCCUGGGCUUGAUGGACCAGAACAUGGCAUGGGGGGAUUUCACCGUGCCUCCAUCCGCUCCACAAGCUCUUACGGCGGGCCCAGCCCCACAGACACUAUGGAUCACCCCUCUCUGUACCGGCAGAAGUCCAGAAACAGCCAGCUGCCUACUUUGGGCUCCAAGACCCCUCCCCCAUCCCCUCACCGGAUGGCUGAGGUACGGAUGAUUGACAUCCAUGGUGGGCCUCCUCAUGGCGUGCCACCUCAUGGUGUUCCCAUGGAGAGAAGCUCUCCUGUGCGUCAGUCCUUCAGGAAGGAGGACAUGACAGGGACCAAGCCCCGGAGCAACAUGGGAUCACCUGUAGUCGCAGACCUCCAGGGUCACCUACAGGGGCCCAUCCCACCUGCAAGUGACCAUCAGACACGAGUGCGAAUGAAGGCUAUGGAGCAACAGAUUGCCAGCUUGACUGGUCUUGUUCAGCAUGCACUUUUAAAGGGGCCAAACACUAGUGGCACCAAGGAGACUUUAAGUGAGAGACCACCGAAGACAUCAUCUCCAGCCCACAGUGCACAUAGCUCAGGUAGUUCCCCAGUCUUGGCUCCUAAGAACAGUGCAACUCCAUCAGACAAGGGCUCAGUUCCUCUCAAAGCCAACCUCCUGCAGUUCAGGAAGAAUGUUUCUGACCUCAGGAUGCAACUCCAUCAGAUGAGACAGCUCCAGCUCCAGAACCAGGAGGCAUUACGAGUCCAUCUGAAGCGAGCAGAGCAGGAAAUCAGUGUUAAACUUGCAGAGGCCAUGCGGGGUCUGGAAGACCCUGUCCAGAGGCAGAGAACUUUGGUAGAAGAGGACAGGCACAAGUACUUGGGCCUGGAGGAGCGUGUCCUUACACAACUCAGUGAGCUGGAGCAGUAUGUAGUCUCUCUACAGAAAGACUCGGCAGCAGCACACAGAGGAGUGACCCUGAAGGACGUCGAGGAGGGAGCGGUGACACUGAGGAAGGUGGGAGAAUCUCUGGCAGGGCUCAAAGGAGAGUUCCCAGCCCUACAAUCCAGAAUGCGGGCUGUGCUCAGGGUGGAAGUGGAAGCUGUCAAGUUUUUGAAGGAGGAGCCUCAUAAACUGGACAGCAUGCUGAAAAGGGUCAAGAGCCUGACUGACACACUCAGCGGUCUGAGGAGAUGUGCUACUGAAGGCCCUCAGAAAGGACCUGAUCCUUCUGCUAAUGUCCCAGUGGUCAACAGCCCAUCAACAGUAGCAGCAGUAGCCCCUGCAGAAGCUCCUCCUGCACCAGUCCAGCCUGGCUCUACAUCAGCCCCACUAGAGCCCCAGAGCUCCACCAUCAGAUCAGAAGUGAUGCCUUCCUCUCCGGUGGUCAUCCAUCAUGUCCAGAGCUCACCGGUCCACAUCCAGCAGUCCCAGCAGUCUGCAGCCUUGACAGCUCAGCCCAGUCCACCGCUCACCCCCAGCCCCUCUCACAUCCCCAGUCCCAAAGGCCGGGAAUCUCCCAAGGGUGCAGGCUCGGAUCCACCGAGUCCCGCCCGUCAAAAGAAGACACAGGAGAACGUAGUGAGUAAUGGCAAUGGCUCUGCCAACCAGGGUCUUGUCAUAGAAGAGCUCCAGAACAGCCAGGACAAGAGCAAAAACAGAGCAAUUUCCAUAAAGGCAGCGGAGAAGGAGUGGGAAGAGAGGAGGCAAAACAUGGGUCAUUAUGAUGGAAAAGAGUUUGAGAAGAUCCUCCUGGAGGCCCAGGCCAACAUGAUGAAGGGCAUUCCCAGUCUAGAGGUAGAAGAGAACCCAGCAUUGCCCCCUGCUGCCACUGGAGAACAAGCAGAAAUCCACAACCCUGUGCAGUCACCAUCAGAAGAGCCCCAGUCUGAUUUUCCAGCCAAGAAGGGGCCUGAGAAACUCUCAAAGCCUGUGAUUGAGAAACCAGCCAAACCUGCACUGGAGAGACCCUUCAAGACUGCCAACAGGCCAGCCCCCGCUGACGGUGUUGCCAAGCAGGGGUCUGAAAAGCCCAGCAAGUCCCCACCGCCACCUCCUCCAAGGAAGACCUACGCCAGCUCGAGCUCAGGCAUGACCACCACGCGCUCUGGUGAAGUAGUCUACACCAGCAGGAAGGAAUCCGUCUCGGCUCAGGAGGGUGAAGAGGACGCUCCAUCCCCCAGUCCCCAACCCAAGCCCACCAAGGUUCCACCAGAGACCAAGCCGAAGCCAGCCACCCCUCCCCCUGUCACUUCCUCUGUUACCGGAGAAGAGGAGGAUGAAGGGGACAAGAUCAUGGCAGAGCUCCAGGUUUUCCAGAAGUGCACAGUUAAGGAUAUAGGGGUGAAAAAUGUGGUAGAACCCACCACUCGAAUUGAACCUCAAAUCAGAGAACUAAGACCGGGGGCCUUAUUGCCCCUUAAAGAGAAAAAGCAGAGCUCAGAGCCCAGUCGAGAGGAUAAAGACCCAGACACAGAUGAAAAUGGGAAUACUACUGUCCGACAGAGCCAAGGGGUCAUAUUCUAUGUGACUGGCCAGAUUCCCAAAGAGCAUCCACCCCCGUCAGGAACGGAGGAAACCCCCGAACACAGAGUGCCCACACAGCCACCAUCACAGGUGUCAAAUGUCAAUGUUAAUGACAAUUGUCCAAGCCAGCAGGAGCCGCAGCAGCAGCAGUCAAUGUCUCCGCCACCCAAAUCACCCCCACCUGUAACACCUCCACCUAUAUCACCUAAGCCUGUGGGACUGAAAGGAUUGAAACUUCCAAGGAAGCACAUUAAACGCUCUGAGUCCUUGAAGACGAGUGCAGAAAUGGAGAAGGGAAAAAUCCUCAACAAAAUUAACACUGAAAAGAAAAGUAAAGUCAUCCAGCAACAUGUUUAUUCUAGUAAGAAUAUAAUACCUGAGCCUGUGGCAACCACAACAACCAGUACCAUAAAAGAGGUGCCUAAAAGUUAUGUUGCUCCAUCAAAAAAGGCUCCUAGUGAGGAAAGUGAUUCACCUAAAGUUACCUUUGAGGACGGUAAUGAGGAGGCUAGUCUUAGUCCUGACUUACCUGGAGAAGAGGCCCCUCCACCUCCUGACAACAUAGCAUUUAUGAUCACUAACACCAAAGUGCAGGCCCUGUCGUGUGGCGAGUACCAGGAACUAGUCAAUGCCAAGAAAGGAAGUGUCCAGACUUUUACUGUAGGUAACGCCACUAACCGAGGGAACACCAAUGCGGAUCCCGCUGCGCCACACGAUAAUGGCUUCACCAAGAAGCCUGUCAUCAUUAUUUUUGACGAGCCCAUGGACAUCCGUUCAGCUUACAAGCGCCUGUCCACCAUCUUUGAAUGUGAGGAGGAACUGGAUAGGAUGCUGUCGGAGGAGCGCAUUGAGGAGGAGAGUGAGGAGUCAGACACAGAGAGGAGUGGUGAGCUGCAGGUAAAAGCUGGAGGGACAGAGUUGGCGGAUUGCAAAAAGGGCAGUUCUUCACUGGUCACUGCAGACCACGUUAGCUUAUCAUCCUCAUCUUCAUCUUCAAUCUCUGAGCUGACAGACAGUGGAGUGAAUUUAGAGUCAAAUGGUGAUGUCAAGCAGGAUGGUAAGAAGAAGUUUAAGUUUAAGUUCCCUAAGAAACAGCUUGCGGCACUGACCCAGGCGAUUCGCACGGGCACCAAGUCAGGCAAGAAGACUUUACAGGUGGUUGUGUAUGAAGAUGAGGAGGAAUGCGAUGGUACCAUCAGGCAGCACAAAGAAGCAAAGAGAUUUGAGAUUGCACGCUCAAAAUCCUUUGCAGACACAUCCAAGGCAACAGGCUCAGCCGCACUGAAGAGGCAGAACUCCGACUCACUUGUCAGGACAAAUGAGAUCCGGAAGAACACCUACAAGACACUGGACAGCUUGGAGCAGACCAUUAAGCAGCUGGAAACCACUAUCAGUGAAAUGGGACCACACACCCCUGGGGAGCCAGUCUGCACAGAGGAAGCUAGAGCAGGGAAUGGGAAAGGCCCAGAAGGAGUAGGGCUGAAGAGAUCUUCCUCGCUUCCUGCCUCCAGAGGGUCAGGCCCUAAGGUACCCAGCAAAGAUUCAUUGCUGAAGAAGACUAAACCUCAACUCCUUCCUCGCCCUGUAGUUAUCCCUACCACCACCACCACCACCACUGUCCCCAGUGACCCCAGCACUGUACAACAGAACACCAGUGUCGUUUCCCCUACUAGUCGGAUGCCCAUCCCUUUGUCUGCGAAGUCCAGGCAGUCGCCGGGUACUACUGACAAAGCAGCAAAACAGCAAAAACUGCAGGACGCUCAGAGGCAGUUCCGACAGGCUAACGGAAGUGCUAAAAGAGUGGGAGGGGAUCAUAAAACUACUUCCCCUGCUAUACCCAUCUCUAAAAUCCCUGCUUUUUAUCCUAGCUCUACUAAAGGCAGCUGCCAGUCUGCACAAAACGCAGAUGCAACUAAUCCCAUUAACCCUUCCUCUGCCUCUUCCUCCUCCUCUUCGUUGACAAAGUCCUCCAUCCUGUCCUCUCACACUCCUCGUUCCGGUUCCCUUCCCUCCUCCCACAUUCCCUCUCUGUCUAAUGGAUCCCUCAAACUCCCCACACCCUCACAGCACACAGGUAAAACUCUCUCGUUUCCCUCACAGACUCAGAAUGGUCGAGUGCACUCCUCCUCUUCAUUCUCCUCCUCCUCCUCAUCCUCCUCCUCCUCCUCCCCCUCCCCUCUGUCGCCCACACCUUUGGGCCCAGGUGGAAAGAGCAUCCGCACCAUACACACCCCCAGCUUCAACAGCUACAGGUCCCACAACGGCAGCAGCGGCAAAUCCUGCAUCCCAACAGCCACAGCAGCUAAGGACACUACCUAGCUCCAUUAUCGCCCCCCUGGCUUUACCGCACUGCAGGUAGACCUGGUCAUGUUUCAUUAUAUAUUGUUUUGGUUUGUUGGUUUUUUGAUGAUUCCAAAAGUUUUUGGAAGUAUUAAGUGAAGCACUCCCCAAUUCAUGUUUUAUUUGACACUGGCAUUCUCACACCAAUGCUUCUAUCUCCUUUAAGUUGCAUUUUCCAGUUUUGAAAAAUAUUUACUUGGAUUCUGAUUCUUUGGUGUAGCAGAUGUUCUGACAAAAUAUUUUGUAAUGGAACAAAAAAAUAUUGAGUUUUACCACUUUGUAGUUGAAGUGGAAGGCUCUUAUGAUGUUGAAAAUCUAUUUUUCUUGCUCUAGCUAUGAAUAGGGAAUUAUAGAGUUGAUGUACAAUCACAACAUACCAUGUUAAAAAUGUCUUUUAUUUUUCAAACCAGAAAUUGAAUAACCAUAGUAUAUUUAAUCUUCUAUAUUUCUUAGGUUGCCAGACAUUGAACACAGCUCUUGUAAAUGCCUUUUAUGAAUGUAUACACAAUGUAUACAGACAUUUUAAAGUUGAACUCAUUAACUUCUGUUUUCUAAGAGUAUUUUCUCAUUUUUCACCCAUAUAAACUGCCAAUUUCUUUUAGAGAUAUGUGAAACUGGUAUCAAAAGUAAAACAAGUUUUGAUUUUAGUCUGCAUAUUUGCCAAAGUUAUUGUACAAUGACUCACUUCAGGCCUAACCCAGUUACAUGAUUUAGGGGAAUUUACAUGUGUGUUGGCUGAAGUAUUGACCUCCAGUGUUUGUACUGCUGGUCUUGGUUUGUUAAGUUAACAUGUAUUGUUGUCUAAUUGUAAACUGUACUAAAAACAAAGUUAUGAAUCAGUUCUACCACAUGUACAUAGAAGCUUCUACUAAGAAAAUAAGUAGUUUUUUUUAACAUACCAAAGUUUAUUUGUAUGCAUGCCUUUCAAAUACUUUAGGAGAGUGGUGUAAAAGAAGAAUUAUGUUUGCACAGAUAGAUUUUUGUAAAUAUCUGGUUUUCUCUUGUUUUUGUAAAGCUUUAAAUCAUACUGUAAAGGAGCAAUGUGGUAAAGACAAACUGUGUUGGAGUAGUAAAAAUAAAGACUUGCAUGCUUGUAAUGCAUUGAGCUUCAAUAUUUUAA